AUGGCAUUUGAAGAGAUCUACGAUUAUGUUGAAAGAGACACAUUUCUCAAAUACUUCCGUUUAGCUAUAUUUGUUUGUGCAUAUCUUAUAUUUCGUAAGUAUUACUCGCAGUGGGCAGCCAAAAAGCAAAGCGAGCACCAACAAAGAUUAGACGAAAAGGAAAAGGCAGAAAAGCCAGCAAGGGAUGCUGAAGCUCAAAGACAGUUGGAGGAAAGUUUAGAGAAAGAAGCCAAUGAAUUUGGCUGGGGUAAAAAGACCAGAAAGAACGUGAAAACCACUCAAGCUGUUUUGGAGCAAUUGGCAGAAGAAACCAGACAAAGACAUCAAAGCGCUUAUGAUGCGCAAGAAGAUGCCGAUAUUGAAGAUUUGUUAGAAGACUGA